AUGUCCAAAAGCUUGAAAAAGAAAAGCCACUGGACUAGCAAAGUCCAUGAGAGUGUCAUUGGCAGGAACCCGGAGGGCCAGCUGGGCUUUGAACUGAAGGGGGGCGCCGAGAAUGGACAGUUCCCCUACCUGGGGGAAGUGAAGCCCGGCAAGGUGGCCUAUGAGAGCGGCAGCAAGUUGGUGUCGGAGGAGCUGCUGCUGGAGGUGAAUGAGACCCCCGUGGCGGGGCUCACCAUCAGGGACGUGCUGGCCGUGAUCAAACACUGCAAGGACCCCCUCCGGCUCAAGUGUGUCAAGCAAGGAGGAAUUGUUGAUAAGGAUCUUCGUCACUACCUCAACUUACGAUUUCAGAAGGGUUCUGUGGACCACGAACUUCAGCAAAUCAUUCGUGACAACCUCUACCUCCGCACGGUGCCAUGCACCACAAGGCCACAUAAGGAGGGUGAGGUCCCCGGAGUGGACUAUAUCUUCAUCACAGUUGAAGAUUUUAUGGAAUUGGAGAAAAGUGGCGCUCUCCUGGAAAGUGGGACUUAUGAAGACAAUUACUACGGUACCCCAAAGCCUCCAGCAGAACCAGCACCAUUAUUAUUAAAUGUAACAGACCAGAUACUUCCAGGAGCCACUGCAAGUGCUGAAGGAAAACGGAAGAGGAAUAAAUCAGUGAGCAACAUGGAGAAAGCAAGUGUAGAGCCUCCUGAGGAGGAAGAGGAAGAGAGGCCUGUGGUCAAUGGAAAUGGAGUAGUAACACCAGAAUCCAGUGAACAUGAAGACAAGAGUGCAGGUGCCUCAGGGGAGACACCCUCCCAGCCUUAUCCUGCACCAGUGUACAGUCAGUCUGAGGAGCUGAAGGAGCAGAUGGAUGAUGCAAAACCAACAAAACCUGAAGAGAAUGAGGAAUCAGACCCAUUGCCUGAUAACUGGGAAAUGGCCUAUACAGAGAAGGGUGAAGUCUACUUCAUUGACCAUAACACAAAGACAACAUCAUGGCUGGAUCCACGACUUGCGAAAAAGGCUAAACCUCCAGAAGAGUGCAAAGAAAAUGAGCUUCCAUAUGGCUGGGAAAAAAUCGAUGAUCCCAUAUACGGCACUUAUUAUGUUGACCACAUAAAUAGAAGAACACAGUUUGAAAACCCUGUCCUGGAAGCAAAAAGGAAGCUACAGCAGCAUAACAUGCCCCACACAGAACUUGGAACCAAGCCGCUGCAGGCCCCAGGUUUCCGAGAAAAACCACUCUUCACCCGGGAUGCAUCCCAGUUGAAGGGAACAUUCCUCAGCACCACCCUAAAAAAGAGCAACAUGGGUUUUGGAUUUACCAUCAUUGGUGGAGAUGAGCCGGAUGAGUUUCUGCAGGUGAAAAGUGUGAUUCCGGAUGGGCCCGCGGCACAGGAUGGAAAAAUGGAAACAGGUGAUGUCAUUGUCUAUAUUAAUGAAGUUUGUGUCCUUGGACAUACUCACGCAGAUGUGGUCAAACUUUUCCAGUCUGUUCCUAUUGGUCAGAGUGUCAGCCUGGUGUUAUGUCGUGGCUACCCUUUGCCCUUUGAUCCUGAAGAUCCUGCUAACAGCAUGGUUCCACCCCUUGCAAUAAUGGAGAGACCACCUCCAGUGAUGGUAAAUGGAAGACAUAACUAUGAAACAUAUUUGGAAUACAUUUCUCGGACCUCACAGUCAGCUCCAGAUAUAACAGAUCGGCCACCCCAUUCUUUGCACUCAAUGCCAGCAGACGGUCAGCUAGAUGGCACAUAUCCACCACCUGUCCACGACGACAAUGUGUCUAUGGCUUCGUCAGGGGCCACCCAAGCUGAACUUAUGACCUUAACCAUUGUGAAAGGUGCCCAGGGCUUUGGCUUCACUAUUGCUGACAGUCCUACAGGACAGCGGGUGAAACAAAUACUUGACAUUCAAGGAUGCCCUGGCCUGUGUGAAGGCGACCUCAUCGUGGAGGUCAACCAGCAGAAUGUGCAGAACCUGAGCCAUACAGAAGUGGUGGAUAUACUGAAGGACUGUCCCAUCGGAAGCGAGACUUCCUUGAUUAUCCAUCGAGGAGGUUUCUUUUCUCCAUGGAAAACUCCAAAGCCUAUCAUGGACCGAUGGGAGAAUCAAGGCAGCCCUCAGACGAGUUUAUCUGCUCCGGCUGUGCCGCAGAACUUGCCCUUCCCACCCGCCCUUCACAGGAGUUCCUUUCCUGACUCAACAGAGGCCUUUGACCCGAGGAAGCCUGACCCCUAUGAGCUCUACGAGAAAUCUAGAGCCAUUUAUGAAAGUAGGCAACAAGUGCCACCAAGGACCAGCUUUCGAAUGGAUUCCUCUGGUCCAGAUUAUAAAGAGCUGGAUGUUCACCUUCGAAGGAUGGAGUCUGGAUUUGGCUUCAGAAUCCUCGGAGGAGAUGAACCCGGGCAGCCUAUUUUGAUUGGAGCCGUCAUUGCCAUGGGCUCAGCCGACAGAGAUGGCCGCCUCCACCCAGGAGAUGAGCUCGUCUAUGUUGAUGGGAUUCCAGUGGCUGGCAAGACCCACCACUAUGUCAUCGACCUUAUGCACCACGCAGCCCGGAAUGGGCAGGUCAACCUCACUGUGAGACGAAAGGUGCUAUGUGCAGGGGAGCCCUGCCCAGAGAAUGGGAGGAGUCCAGGCUCCGUAUCAACCCACCACAGCUCUCCACGCAGUGACUAUGCGACCUACACCAACAGCAACCACGCAGCCCCCAGUGGCAACACCUCUCCCCCUGAAGGCUUCACCUCCCAGAGCCUACAGACCAGUGACGUGGUCAUUCACCGAAAGGAGAACGAGGGCUUCGGCUUUGUCAUCAUCAGCUCCCUGAACAGGCCUGAGUCGGGAUCCACUAUAACUGUGCCCCAUAAAAUCGGACGCAUCAUUGAUGGGAGUCCUGCAGAUCGCUGUGCAAAACUGAAAGUAGGAGACCGGAUUUUAGCAGUGAAUGGCCAGUCGAUCAUCAACAUGCCUCACGCAGACAUUGUGAAGCUCAUCAAGGACGCAGGCCUCAGUGUCACCCUUCGCAUCAUUCCUCAGGAGGAGCUCAACAGCCCAGCCUCGGCACCCAGCUCCGAGAAGCAGAGCCCCAUGGCCCAGCAGAGUCCUCUGGCCCAGCCAAGCCCUGCCACCCCCAGCAGCCCUGUCACCCAGCCGGCGCCUCCUCAGCCACUCCAGCUACAAGGACAUGAAAAUAGUUACAGGUCAGAAGUAAAAGCAAGACAAGAUGUGAAACCAGACAUCCGACAGCCUCCAUUCACGGACUACAGGCAGCCCCCACUGGACUACAGGCAGCCCCCAGGAGGGGACUACCAGCAACCCCCACCCUUGGACUACAGGCAACCUCCACUGCUGGACUACAGGCAGCACUCCCCCGACACCAGGCAGUACCCUUUGUCAGACUACAGGCAGCCCCAGGAUUUUGAUUAUUUCACUGUGGACAUGGAGAAAGGAGCCAAAGGAUUUGGAUUCAGCAUUCGUGGAGGAAGGGAAUACAAAAUGGAUCUGUAUGUGUUGAGACUGGCAGAAGACGGGCCGGCAAUAAGGAAUGGAAGGAUGAGGGUAGGAGAUCAAAUCAUUGAAAUCAAUGGAGAGAGCACGAGGGACAUGACCCACGCCAGAGCAAUAGAACUCAUCAAGUCUGGAGGAAGAAGAGUGAGGCUGCUGCUGAAGCGCGGGACGGGGCAGGUCCCAGAGUAUGACGAACCCAGCUCCUGGAGUGGUCCCGCUGCCGCCUCCCCAGGUCUGCAGGAAGUAGGCGUCUCCCCGGAAGACGUCCUCUCGCCAUUCUCUCCAUCACAUCCAGCCCCACCCUCCGACCCUUCCCACCAGAUAAGCCCAGACCCGACUUGGGAUAUCAAAAGGGAACACGACGUUAGGAAACCAAAGGAGCUUUCAGCUGGCGGCCAGAAGAAACAGCGCCUCGGGGAGCAGAGGGAGCGCUCGGCGAGCCCGCAGAGGGCCGCGCGGCCGAGGCUCGAGGAGGCGCCCGGCAGCCAGGGGCGGCCCGAGGCCGGCAGGCCCUCCUCGGAGGCCAGGGCGUCCGGGCCCGCGGCGGCGGCGGCGGACGCGGUGGACGUGGCGCGGGCCGGCGGGAAGGAAGGGCCCCGCGCCGCGACGGGCCCGGAGCUCGGCCGCCGCGAAGGCCCCGGGGCUGCGCCUGCGUUCGCGAGCCCCGGCGGCGGUGCGCGGGAGGCGGAGGGCCGGGUGGGAGCGCGCGCGGGACCCCGGCCGGGCGCGCGGCCUCCGGGGGGCGCCCCCGCGCGCAAGGCCGCCCUGGCGCCGGGGCCCUGGAAGGUACCCGGCUCCGACAAGCUGUCCGGCGUCCUCAAACCCGGAGCCUCGGCCGCCGGCCGAUGAGCUGCGCGGCCCCAGCCCGCCGCCCUGCCUCGACGCCUGCAGGCCGUUCUUCUUCGGUUACGUCUCGCGGCGUUUUAAUUUAUUUUCACUGUCACACGCGUAGAUUCACAAGGCACCGAGGCCUGGGAGCUUCGACGUGAGGUCCCAGGUGUCCACCGAGCAUAGGCGGCCCAGCCCCCACGAGCAGACCGAAACUGAUCCCAAAGCCCCCGGUUCCGCUGUGGGGGCUUCCGCAGCUAUCGAAGAACCAAAAUUACGUGAAGAACGUCAUGGUGAGACAGUGCAGUGUAGCUUUAGUUUAAAAAAGAAAGAAAAAAAAAAUCCCCCCACUGCAUGAAGGAUCUGGAUAUCAUCCAAACUUUAUAUCAAGAAACUGGACAAGUUAAGAGCAAUCACGAACUGGAAUAUCGCCUUAAAAAUCAAACUGCACGGAGCAAGCUGAAACUGAGACAAGAGUAUAUCUUUUAAUUGAUUUAAAGAGUUGUAAAUAAAUUGUUCUUGACAUAUCUAGACAGGGGUUAAAAAGGUUUCUUUGAAACAUUAAGAACUGUUCGCCCAUGACCUGUUUCCAUGGCUCACCCGUGACAUCCAUCACUGGUAUUAGCAGCAACGUUCUCUGCGUAGUGCAGGAUGAGUUAGAAAUCUAGUGAAUUCAUUGGUAUGAUGCCAUUUUUACUGCCAUUUCUGUGAUCAAAUCAUAUUUCUGUAUGUUUUCAGUGGUAGAGAAAAAAAAAAGGUCUUAAAAAUUGUAUCCUAGGGAACAGUCUGCCGUAAGUCAGUCAGAAUUUCGCGGUUUAGCUCAUAGAUCUUAAUUGGUUUUCAUCUAAAAUAUGAAUUUCAUAGAACCACAAUUUGUUUAACCAAGAUUGGCAACGCUGCAAUUCUUUCAUGAAAGGGCUUUCCUAUUGUCUUAGGCUAGCAGAGAUAGCAGCUUCUUUGACAGCAAUGUUAUAUUUCACUUAUUUUAUUGUCUUUUAAAAAAAUCCUCUUCAUGAAUUCAUUUUCACUUUCAUAGAGCAGAGGCAAAGUAUUUCUCCUAUAUUUUUCAGACUAUAAUAAAUCCUGAUACUAAAAAAUCAU